CUACCUUACCUACCCUAUCCUAGAUACACUAGUUCUGUUCAGUUGAUACUAUCGACCCUACAGUGCGUGCCCUCUAUUGCACCUAUACCAAUAUCAAUCUCCCGUAGCCCGACCCGGUUAAUAACUCACAAGAAAUGUUUCCUUCAAUGCAACCAAAACGUCCACACCCACGUCCACAGGCGCCCACCGAGCAUUCGACUACGCCCCAGACCCAGACCCAACUGCAAGGUAGCUCAUACCAACAAACAAGGCGUCAAUCGAAUGAGUCACUGCCACCUACUAGCAGUACCAGUACCAGUACUGCUCGCAUGGGCAGCGAACUCGAAGCAGAAUGCCACAAGUCGAAACUGAAGUCGUCCGAUCAAAGCCAGAGCAAGACCGAGUGAGGCGCCCUCUCAUCAUCGAGCCUACUUAAUUGAAUGCGGAAGCGAAAGGAAGUUUCGGUCGAGCAAUGAUCUUGUCCAGAGUUUGCUUCAGCGCAAUCGAACAGAGAACUCAUCAACUCUGAAUAUCAAGUGGCCUACUGUUGCAGUUGCAUUCCACUCGUGCUCCUGGCAGACCACCGCCUAACCGACGCACGGCGAGGUUUCCGACGUCUUCUACCAUUCGGCCAGUGACUGGACCACCAGUAUUCGGAAGUGCAUACAGUAUGGCUUCACAUAUACUGCCACUGCAGCCAGCAGGCUGUUGAACUCUCCGCCCGAGGCAUGGUGUCGACUACAGAAGUGACUGUUGGAGGUCCAUGUGCAAUCACGUUCGCAUCCUGGAAAAGGCAAAGGGACAGGCAGGCCAGAGAUUUUGCCGAACGGUUGGUUGGUGUGAUGCCAUGGGGAGGGCUAUGUACUCCACACCGAUGGAUAAGUUCAAGUUCGCCGCCUACAAGCUGGUAUACAGAGAAGGACGAGUUUGCCAUGCGUCUAUGGUACGAGCAUGAAGUGCACAACUUGAACCACACAUCGUCUGGGGCUUGUUUUCUUUCUUUUUUUUUUUUUUGGUUUGAAUCGAGCUCACGGCAGACCCUGAGCACUUGUGCGCGUUCCAUCCCGGCUCUGUCCAGGCGCCUUAUGAUGCUCACGUUGUGCCAGGUCUAUCUACUGGCGUUAUAUUUAUGUCGAGCGAGAGCCACAUCGUCUCGUUCAUAAUGCGAUACCACUGUGCCAUUUCGUGGCAACUGCCAGUGAUUACCCGGAAGCAGAUAGCGUUCACUGGCUUGACAACAUAUGUUACACCUGGCAGCAAGAACCAACUUCCCGUAUCGUUUUUCUCCGAGUCCACCCAGAGGCAUACGUAAUUGACCAUAUCUCGUUUUUCUACAUUCUAUCUAUCCCUGGGAUGCACUCCCAUAUCUUUAUGAGACACAAAAGCCCAUCGGAACAAACGUAUGUAGUACUCAGACAGUGUGGCGGAGAUGUUGAUAUUACCUGACAACAGCACCCUUCAAAGUCUUGACUGUACAUUUACCCUUGCCCUCGACGAUAAGCUCGCCCUUCUG